AUGGCGGAAGUGGUCGAGGCUACGUCGAGUCCGACGACGRGCCAUAAUGACAACGAUAAUGGCCUCGCUUCGCCUGACCAGCGGCCAGACUCCCCUUCACCGAGCGUAUCACCCUCCAUGGCACUCGAUGCGGUCCCGCUGCUGGAUCGCUCCGUCUCCACGCCGUCCAGCACGACGGGGUCCAUCCUCUCAUCUCGAUCAAGGCACUCACGACUCUCGGAGGGUGCAGCGACCGUGGUACGAAGGAGGGGCUACAUGCGGCCUCAAGGGACCUCGUUCGCCGACUCUGCACGCAACAGAGACAGUGUGAUGAGCUUGGGAAGCAUUGCCCACAUGCAGUACUACUUUGCACGCACCGGGCUGCUCGAUGGGAAAGGUGCACAAUUGGCAAAGGACGGCAAAAAGACGGGAAGCUCAAAUGCGGACAAGGAGAAUAUGGAGCCUGCGAUGACCCGGAAUGCCUACUACAACGUGCCUCCAUCGCCAAUGUACGACGGCCAGCACGAGCCCUCCACAUACGCACUUUCAGACCCUGGAGUGGACUCGGCUAUUGUUGAGAGUCCGACCGACAUGCACUUCAACAGUGAACUUUGGGAUCCGAGGGACCCCAUCAUGCUUCCGCCAACAGUGAGCACGUACAAAGUCAAGCCGGAGUACAUUGAGCCUCUGCCAGACAUGCCCGUUCUCCGGAGGGAACUGAAAGAAGCUCUUCAAGAUGCUUGCAAGGUUCUGGAGGAAACGCAAAAGCAGGAGAACCAAGUUGAAGAGAACAGCGGCUAUCAUGAGAUUCAAGGAAUGCACCUCUUGGACAUCAUCACGCUGGCGAUUCGAGCAGCGAAGAACUAUUACACGGCACACGAGAAUCCGAAACGGCUUUACGCCAUCAGAUCCGAAAAGGUCAUCCGUGCUGACCUCUACCAAGUGUUGGAUGUUCUCAAGCGCAUGGCGAGUCGGAAUUUCCGUGGAGGCAUACGCUUGCCUGAACUCACCGGCAUUCUUCUGUGGAUUGAGAGCAUCGACAAGCUGCUCAAGCGUGAAGAAGCUGUUGAGCAGCAAGAAGCUGCUGAGCGGGAGUCUUGGGCUUGGCGAGAGGGGGACUGGACUGGGAGGGAACGUGAGCGCGAAUGUCUGUUCAUGCGAUCAUUUGAUCAAACAGAACCGGCAUUACCUUCGUGGCCAGAAGCUGGCGAGGACAACAAGCUACCCAACGAGUUCCUGCGAGCUCUGCAAGACGGUCAACGAUUGGUCAAACUUCACAACGCCCUUGUUGCACGUUCUCAGCGCCGCUUCCAUGAAAUCAAAACCUGGCACACGGAUGUCGCCAAGCCCUACCGCAUGGCUGACAAUCUGCGGUAUUGGGUCAAAGCUGCUGAACUGCGCUGGGAUAUUGCCCUGGACGUGCCUGUACUUGAAGUUGUCAACGACAAGGACGAGGCAUCUUGGACAAAAUUUGACAACGCUUUGCUGAAAUGGUGUCAGGGUGUCCGGCAAGAGUUGAUGGAGGACUGGAUGUUGGAGAAACGGAGAGAAGAAAGGAGAAGACCACCUGAGGUGAAGGUUGAGGUAUCGGGAGAUGCUGAAAACGCCAAGGUCGUGCAGGAGGCAAAGCUUGAAAGUCCAGGGGCUAUACAUGCUGAUGCUGCCGAUGGUCGACCGAUUGCAGAAGUUACAGCAGAGCUGGCAGCGAACAUUGGUGUGCCUGAGAUUCGCAGCGCUCAGGAAUCGAUUCUCGAUCUUCCACCCAUCGCAGAAGUUGUAGCGGUCGUGGAAGCCAAGAUUGAUGCUCCAACAGCUCCGGACACUACGACUGACCGUGAGCCGAUUGCAGAGGUGGCGCCGGACUCGGCGGCAAAGGUCGAUGUGCCCGAGCCACUCACUGCGGAAAGCGCUGACGGUGAGACUGACGAAGGUACCCGGCCAGACACCCCACUUGCGCAGAUUACGACUGACGAGGGAGGGAAGACUGAGCAGAAGGGGGAGGAGACUGCUGCUUGA